UUCCUUUUACUCGAUCAAUCAACUAGGGUUUGGCAACUAAAACUAAAAACCCCAGCUUUGACAAAACAGAAGCUGAAAAAAAAAAAAAAAAAAAAAAAAAGCUAAAUUCCAUUACAGAAUGGGUAAGUGCCCGCACAACAGGAAGGUGAAGAAGAGAAGAUACUCUCACAAGACAGCUCGCCUCACCAAAUUCCUUCGCAAAGGCGACGACGCCGUUUAUGAAGAGCUUCAAAAGCCUGAUUCCGAGAGGAACCCCUUGCCUUUUGACGAGGAUUUGCCUGGGAUGGGCCAAUAUUAUUGUUUACACUGCGAUCGAUACUUUGCAGACAUGGCGACGAGGGAUGAACAUUUUAAGACCAAACGUCACAAGAAACAUGUUAAAGAAAUGAUGGGGACUAAACCACAUACUCAACUUGAUGCUGACUUAGCUGCUGGGAUGGGGAUGCCAGAUAAUGGUCCAAAGCUCAUGUCUAUGUGAGCUUUCUUUUUUUAUGAUUCUUUUAUGUAUGGUAAGAUUAUAAGUGAGUUAAGUUGGUCCUUCUAGUAUUGAAAGAUAUACUCUCUCUUUUUGUAAAAAUGUUGUUUUAGUAUGACAGUUGUUCUUUUCUACCGGGAUAGUUGCUAGCAUUGCUGAUAAAGUAUAGUUUAAUGUUACAGUAAACUAAGUUUAUAUUGCAGUGUUUGUGAUGUGAUGUCUUAAGAUUGAUUAAGCAGUUUAAUACUGAGUGCUCACACUUGAAUUCAAUUA